AUGAAAGACAGAGAAGGUGAGAAAGAGUUGGUAACGCCAGGAGAAGUGUUGGGGAAGGCGUCGGAGUUGAAAGCGGGAAGAGGAGCUUACAUAGCGACCGACAAUAAAACAGUGUACGCCUCCCUGACCGGAUUCCGCUCUCUUAUCCCACCUGUACCGGAUUCUCACGACCAG